GGGAGCUCCAUGCGCGCUCUCGCGCUUCUACACGGUGUGCGCGGGCACGUACGUAUGCACGUCGGAGGAAGAGAGAGAGAGAGAGAGAGAGAGAGAGAGAGAAGGCGUUGGAGAAGAUCUGCUAAUCCACACGAGAAGCGUGAUGUCGAACAGAGCAGGAGUGAUGCUGGCUCUGGCUCCUCCGGACACACCAUGUUGCCUGUUUCGUUGAGUGCACGAGCGAGUGAGCCUGCUGUUUGGAAAAUCAGACACAGAGGCGCAAUAUCUUUCUAAUUUUGUGCUCCGACGUCCCCGAAGCUCUGCUGAAGCUCUCGUGAAACCACAUCCCAUGAUCAUAUAGGGGUUUUUACUCAGAUAUAUGGAGGGUUUUCUUUCUUCCCAUUUUACCUUCACCGUGUUCUGAUCGGAAGAGCAGACAUCUUCUUUAAAACUAAACAUUUCAGGGAGGAGUCAGAUUUGAGUCAACUGCACAUAACUGCAAAUGCUUCUUGAUUAUCAUGAUGAAGAUUGAGUUCAUGUGACAUCUUGUUGGAAGAAACUUUUCAUUAUUAUUAUUAUUAUUAUUAUUAUUAUUAUUAUUAGUCCAUCCCUGAUGACUGAAACUAUGUCUUUGACCGGGAACUGUAGGACUCAGCCCGCGACCAAAGAGCCAUCGUGCGCCCUGAACUGCUUUCCAGACGUUCUCGAGCUCAACGUGGGGGGUCAGGUGUACUACACGCGCCACGCCACGCUCGUGAGCCAGCCCGGGUCCCUACUGGGCAAAAUAUUCUCGCCAAAAAGCAGCGCGGUGCCCGAUCUCGCGCGAGACCCCAAGGGUCGGUAUUUCAUCGACCGUGACGGCUUCCUGUUCCGCUACGUGCUGGACUUCCUGCGGGACAGACAGGUGGUGCUACCUGAGCAUUUCCCUGAAAAAGCUCGCCUGAGGAAAGAGGCGGAGUACUUCCAGCUGCCGGACCUGGUGAAGUUGUUAACGCCCGAGGAGGUGAAGCCCAGUCCGGACGAUUGCGCUCACAGCGACUACGAGGAUGGUUCGCUGGGAAGCGACCAGCGCGCGUGCCCGCCGCCGUCCCUCGUGCCCGCCGACCGGAAGAGCGGCUUCCUCACGGUGGGCUACCGCGGCUCGUGCACGGCGGGCCGCGAGAGCCAAGGCCAAGCGGACACCAAGUUCAGGCGCGUGCCCCGGAUCAUGGUGUGCGGCCGCAUUGCGCUGGCCAAAGAGGUGUUCGGUGAGACGCUGAACGAGAGCCGCGACCCGGACCGAACUCCCGAGCGCUACACGUCGCGCUUCUACCUCAAGUUCAAGCAGCUCGAGCGCGCCUUCGACGUGCUCUCCGAGUGCGGCUUCCACAUGGUAGCGUGCAACUCGUCCCUCACCGCCUCCGUGCUCAGCCAGCACGCCGACGACAAGAUGUGGUCCAGCUACACCGAAUACGUUUUUUACCGUGGAUCGUCACGCUGGUCCUCGCCGCCUUGUGACUGCUGCUGCAAGGGCCACAAAGGUGAAGGCGAGGGUGAGAGCGGCACGUCCUUCAACGAGCUCUCCACCUCCAGCUCCGAGAGCCAAUCAGAAGCCAGUUCCCCCCAGGGUACGGUCAUUCGUGGGCCGGUCAGCCGACAAGCACACGUCCAAACGCUCGACCGGCCGUCCAAGAAAGAAAGGCCAGGAGGUCAGCUACUGCAGCAGCAGCAAUCUGAGCAGCGGCGUAAGAGCGAUCUCCUUCGCACUCUUACUUCAAGCUCACGGGACACGAGUGGCAGCAAGAAACGUCCGGCCAAAGAGAAAAUGAGCGUGGAAGAGGAGCUGGAGAAGUGCAUCCAGGACUUCCGCAAGAUUAAGAUCCCGGAGCAGUUCCCGGAGCGCAAGUACAUGUGGCAGGCUGACCUUCUGCGCAAGUACCGGCUUUGAGGGACCAGGAACGUUAGAAAUUUGGACCACUUUGGAAAGAGGAGUACAAAGCUGUGAGUUGUGCUGACGCACAAAUUCUUCACUACUGCCUCAGACCCGCGUGUCUUCUCUGUGACGGCCGAUUCCACUCUGGAUUGCUCAGCGCUCACGUUUCCGUAGCACAGAUGGGUUCCGUUAGAAAAGCACAAUUUUUGGAUUUGAUUCGAUUUUUUUUGGUCCGUCAGCUUGUACAGAAGAGCACAAACGUGUCUGUUUUUGACCUUACAUCGUUGGUGGUUGCGUUCAGGUGGUCCAGAGGUCGGACACUGAAUGUGCAACCCGAAUCAUAAAUAAUUCAUACCGUCUCUAUUGUGUCCUUGCUAAAAAUAGCCAACGUAUUGUUGAGCAUGAGAGCCAGGUUUUAUUUCAGCACUUUGAGAAGCACACAGGAGUAAAUGUUUCCUUCUAUCGGUUUUUCCAAACCGUAGUUGGCGUCCAAUCCGUUACCCUUAUAACGCCUCCGCAUCGAUUUAGUCAUGGCAUAUAAGGGGUUGCACACAGUCAGGGUGGAAACUCUACACCAGGUUCUUCUAAAAUGAAUUGAAACCGCAGCCUGAACUCCAUUGAUCCAAACCUGAGAUUUUAAAACAGAAAGUGUGAUGGUUUUCACCGUAGAAGCACAAAAGCAUGUUUAAGUUCAGAAACACACACAUAGUUACAUUGAUGACAAAACAUAGACUGCAUCUGUACCUGAUGGUGUGAUUAAUAAACAUUAGAUUUUAUUAAACAUCGAGGAGCGACUAUAGGCAACAGA